GAUGGAACAUUUGGAAAAUGAACUGCCACAAUUGUGAAGCAAAACAUUAGACAAUUUUUUUCCACACAAUGACAGCAGUAACAAAAACAAAAAGGAUUUUUUCAUAGAUCAUUGAUAGAAUUGCUAGAUAACUCAAAACUCGAGCCUCGAUACAGAUUCUCAGUUUGCGAAGGUCAUAAGUCCCAUAACAAAGAAAGUGGAAUCAAACAAGAGUAAAGAAAAAAAAAAUCAUUUCGUUGUGUAUUGCUCAUUAUCGAAGAACAUUAGGCUGAUAUAUUUUGAUUGAGCAGGAUAGUGCGAUGAACAAAAGCCCAAUUUGGGGCGAACUUCCAGCCCUCGUUAUUACCAAUGUAUUUCAGUACAUGAGUUAUCACGACCGUUUACAGGCAUCCUCCGUCUGUUGGCACUGGCGUUCCGUUUUAUUCCAGCCGAGGUUCUUCAAAGGAGUUCAUUUCAAUGUGGCACGUGAAAAUAACAACAAGAACAACUUUUUUCUACAAUCACUUGCGCACAUCAUCAAUGAAGCGAAAAUUUCCUUCGAUUCCUGCAAUUUGUAUGAUGUUGAAUUGACUACAGAAAUUCUUUACAAGUUGAGCAAAAGCUCGUGUCUUGUGAGCCUGUCAUUGCGUCCGAGAUAUGCCACCCUGGUAACACCGGGACGUUUCUAUUCAGAGGAAGAAUGGAAUUAUAUUUAUAAGCUAUUCGUUGAACCCAUUAAAAGUUUGUUGGGUCGGCAGAAUCCACCACUGGAGAAGUUAGACUUGGGAUGUUCGGAAAUACUAUCUCUGCAUGCUGCUGAUCUUUUGACCAGCUGCCCACGUCCCCAGUUUCUGCGCCAGCUUGGCUUCGCCUCGGUCAAGCAGGAUCCGAGUCACUAUGCACUCAGCAUGAUUGAGUCCAAUUUGUUCGAGAAGUGCAACGCCCUGCAGUAUCUUUCGCUCGACUAUGACAUCAUGUGUGAUGAUUUUCUGCAAACACUACAACUGCUGCCACUUCGGCGUUUGGUGAUCCAUGUGCACGGCGUAGACGAGGAACAUCCGGGCUUGUCGGAGGCAGCCUGGGCCAGUUUUCGUGCAACAAAUUCAUUAGCGGAGCUGCACUUAACGCUCGUGUGCGCCUACGAGGCGGUAGAUAUCCUGCACAGUCAUAUCCUGAGUCCGUCAAUGCCGUUGACUCAUCUGAAGGUGUUAUUUUGUGAGAGGAUUAAUUGUGACGCUUUGGAAUAUCUUUCCCGCUAUUAUAAGGAAACGUUGAAGAGCAUGAUCUGGGUCGAUUCGAUGCGCAUUCAGGAGUAUCGCAACAUUAUGGAAUUGGUACUGCGGACCGAGCAGGAUCCACUGGUAAUGAUGGCCUGGCGAUGCAAAAAACUUGAAGAGAUUGUUAUUCACGGUUAUGUGCUAGAUCCACAUAAUCUGGUCGGAAUAUCACGCUUACGAGGCAAGGAACUGAAGGUGCUAGAAGUGUCUCGUAUUGAUCUGUCGAUACCGUCAGUCAUGAUGACACCGUUCAUAGAGGAAAUUAGUACUCAACUAGGCCAAAAAUGGGCUCCACUGGAUCCAAAAACAUUACCCGCCGCUCUAGGGUUCUAUCCGGUGUCGGAUGAUGUACGCGAUCAGCAUAUUUUGAAAUAUAUACGUCACAACAUUUCGCCAUAAAACCGUAAGUACUUGAUGGAAUGCGAUCCGAUCGUCAGUUCAAAGCCGAACGGGAGCUACGAAAACUUUGUUUCGAGAAAUACAAAAAAAUUAGAACACUGUCUCAGCUAAUACAGUGAAAUCAUGCUUAUUGAAAGUAGAGGAAAAAAUCAAGUUUAUAUUGGAACACCGUAUUUCAUAGGAGCAUUAUAUUUUGAACACAUUUGUGCAAAUCAGUGCGGUAGGCACCAACCUUAUAUUCCUCUCAUGAAAUUAGCAGUUCGAGAACAGGAGAGCACGCAUCAAAGGGUUGCAAUGUUGGCCUGCUUCGAUCAUACGAAUAGUGCAAUUUAAGAACGCUGUGUCAACACUGCGAGCGUAUUGUCGGUUAGGCUGAAUGUUUAAGAACCACCAUUUAGUGAUAGGAAAUGGCCGAAAGGUGCCAACGCUAUAUUAUAGUUUAGAACGAUUUGAGAUUUGUUGGCGUAAAUUAGCAGAAAGAGACGAUCUUAGACCGAGUGUUCAGAGUGAUUGAGAAACGAAACGAUAAACGGCAAAUAUUUACAACAAACAAACACAAACACACACACGCGAACGGGCACGUCCCGCUAAUAUAAGAAGAUAACAACGGAUCUGUGAUUUAUUUUUUUGCGGUUACAUUAUUUAUUCGUUAUUUUUCGAAUUGAUUAGUUUUGUUUUUUGGUAUGUAUACUAGCUCGAAAAAUAUAUAGAUGUAUUUUGUUCUCCGUGAUAAUAUUUAUUGGUUACUAAGUUUAGAAGAAUUGCAUCAAUUUAAGAUAAGAUGAAAUGGUUCAUUGGUUUCAACGACAAAAGAAGCGCACACCUAAGUCUUUGUGGUCGUUUGUCUGCUCUCAGCCAUCACCCAUGCUAAUCUUAUAUUUUACUCAACCAAGUAUCAGUUUAUGCUUUUCCUAAACGAAGAUUGAUAUCUAGUGAACCUGUGCACGAAUCAUAUAAAAGAUUUGCAUAAAUAUCUCUCGUUAUUUGAAUAAUCGCAUAGGUGUCUUAAUAAUAAGGCAUCAUUACAUAAAAGUCAGGAGUCCUUUACAUAGUUUAUAGGCCUGGGGCUGCAGAUUCUGGACUACGCUGCUUAUUUACCAGUUCAAAACCCAAUCGAUAAUGUCGAGAUAUGUAGAGUGAUCGUACGAAAAAUAGAUGCAGCUAACAAGCAGUAUGGGAGCUUUAUGGAGCUUAAACUACCUAGAUUCAAAGUUCCCGAAUAGUUGUUUGAAUUGAUUAUAAACUUGAUUAUAAACAUGUUGUAACUCGUGGGAAAUGUGCUGUUAAUUUCGUAAAGGAGUGAUAAUUUCCUAUCUAGUUCUAUAAUAGGUGGCUCUCAGCCACAAUUGAAAAAAACUAUAAUCAAAAACCUGGACUGCAUGCUGAGGGACUACUUCGAAAGAUAGCACACGAAGGAGAGUUCUAGAAUAUAUUUUUUUAUAAAAAAAAGCACAUUUAGAAGAUACAUAUCUAAAGUUCACAAAGAAUUGAAUGAAUCUUAUUCAUCUUCUUCUUUUACUUGGCUUUGAGAGGGUUUAAACUUUUCAGUUCAUUCGCCUCUAAAUGUUCAUCUUCCAUAAUAUUUCAAAUUAUGUAUCAUUGUUCUUUCAAGUAAAAAUAAUUCCGACCAGUACGACACACAUGUCCAAAUUAAAUACGACCGCAAAGGGUUAACAUGCAAUUGUGUAUCUAUAUAAGGAUUCUCAUUCUUUUGACAUUUUUAUACAAUUUUGGUACAUAGUCAUAAUUUGCAGCUAGAGUAUACAUUUUGCAUGAUUUUUAUUAAAUAAAAAAAAUUCUCUGACACCGAAACUUGAGCAAAUUACACAUUUAUUGCUUCAAUGGCAAAAGUGUCUCAUAUUCAACGGAUAAUAAAUAUAAAAUUAUGUAUUGAUUAUACUUCAUAUGACUUACUAUUGGAGACUGUUUCGAAAGAUUUCACACGAAGACGAAUUAUAAAAUAUAAUUUUUAAUUAAAAACGUCACAUUGAAACACAUUGUUAAGUUAAUACAUAUACAUAGUUCACAAAAAAAUUUAAAAAAAAUCUUUUUUCAUAAUUUUGCAUGUAUCACUGUAUUUUUAAGGAAAAAUAAUUCCGACCAAUACGAUACCCAUGUCCAAUUUUAAUACGACCGCAAAGGGUUAAGUUCAAUGGUGAUAGAUAAAGGAAGACUUCGUACGUACGUACAUUACAUGAACGUACAUUAUGUGGAUAGAAACACAUGGAGCAAGAAAGUGUUAUUGAAAAUGGUAUCACCAAAAUGGUAAGAAUUCAAAUAUGAAAUUGUCGCAAAGACAUUUUUCACCGAACAUCAAGCAAUUAUGGAGAGAUAUUUUCGCUAAUUCAAAGCGCCAUUUCCGCUGGAAAAGCCGCUGAUGUGACCGUACCGAAAUGCGUGAGUUUCCGAUUUUACAAUGAUGCUCUACAUCCUUUGAAGUGAUUGGAUCUUAUUCACAACAUUGUUUCGCCGAUGAACCCGGUCCAUAGCUGCAGUUUUGCAACUUUUGCAACGUGUUCAACGAUUCUUGCCAAAUCCUGCUCCACCUGGUUCACCUCGUUCGCUGGGUGAAGAGGAACUUGUUUCCACCGGACUCGAUGUGAACACCAUCUUUGCAGGGCUGCUGUUCGCCAAUCUUGCAACAUGUUACGCCCACCGCGCUCGUCCAGACUUGGCUUUUUUUUUUCUCUCUCCUUCUCCAUACUCCGUUUUCCUGUACACCACCGUAUAUUGCUCUGAGCAAUCGACAUUCGAAUACACAAAGUGCUUUUGAGUCAUCUUCCUGCAUUGUCCAUGCUUCUUGCACAUAGAGAACAACCGGUCGAAUCAGAGAUUUGUACAUGGUACACUUCGUAGGUGUCGGAGUUUGUUGGACCUUAAGGAUUUACGAAGCCCAUAGUAGGCUUGAUUUCCAAUGACUAUGCUGUCGGUCUACGCAUAGUUGUCCCAUGUUACGUUUCGACAAUUUUCACGUUUCUUCAUAAAACGAUGUUUUAAUGCCUAGUCUUCCGGAAAAACACAAAAAAAGUUAUAGUUUGUCCCCAGCUUAAAAAAAACAACAUCAAGCUUAAUUGUUUCAUGUUGAUAUUGUAUUCAUAACUGUCCCACCAUAUAUUUUUGUAGAUGAAUAUCAAAUAAAUCGGUCCAAGUACAAGAAUUUUAUGACACGCAUUCAGCAGGGCUCUUGUACUAAUUUCUGGUUUAGAAGAACGAACUAAUUCUUAAACAAAUAAAAUAAAAGUUUAACAGAACACGUGUAUACCUUGUUAGCGAAUGCCUAAGAACAACGAGAUUUAUAUUCUGCUAAGUAUUGCAGGUCACUCCCUUCUUCAUAAAACGAUGUUUUUAUGCAUAAUCUUUCGGAAAAUCACAAAAAAAAGUUAUUGUUUGUUCCCAGUAUUUCAAAAAACAACAUCAAGUUCAAUUGUCCCAGAGAGACGAAUGAACUCUCAGAGUUUAAAGUCUCUUUAAUUCAAUACCAUUACCAAUUGUCCCAUGUUGAUAUUCUAGGCAUAACUGUCCAACCAUGAAUUUUUAGGCCAUAACCAAGAUUGGUUGAUUCAAAUGAUGGGAUCUUUUCACAUUUCAUUAAACAAUAGUUCUCUGUUUGUAAAGAAACCAAGUGUAUUGCUAAUUCGAAAUGCUUCAAGCUUCUAGUAGACAAAUAUGCUAGAAAACUUUGAAUCCGUUUUUCUCAGUUGCUGAUUUUGGAACUAUGCGCAAAACGGCACUAUGCGUCUUCGAAUUUCACGCCUGUUGUUGUUGUCAGUUGUUAUCAACGAACCAAGGUAGACAAAUUUCUCUACAUAAGACCAAUCAGCUCUGCUUCGUGUUUCAGUCGGGUAUACCAGUCCGCUACCGUCGCAUGUGUUCUUCCGAUUAUGGCCACGCAGUCGGCGAGGCAGAUAAACUGACUAGACUUGUUCAAAAUCGUUCCUCGCAUGUUGAAGCCCACACUCCGCAUAGCACCUUCCAGCGCCACGAUGAAGAGCAAACAGGAGAGUCAAUCGCCUUGUCGAAGUUCCCCGUGAGUCUCAGACAAUUCUGACAGAUCGUCUGAGUUCCGCACACCGUUCAUCAUUGUCAUCAGUUUUGACAGCUUUCGGGGGAGGCGUGUUCGUCCAUGAUUCUCCAAAGCUGUCGUCGGUCGAUUGUAUCGUAUGUGACUUUGAAGUCGACGAAAUGUGGUGAGUGGGGACUUGGGGACCUGAUACUUCCGGUACUUUUGGAGAAUCUGCCGCAAUACAGAUAUCUAGUCCGUCGUCGAGCAAACGGACAUGAAUCCAGCCAGAUAACUUCCCAUAAAUCUACUUACUAUUGGCAAUAGACGGGACGGCGGAAGAGGAUCUGAGACAGAAUUUUGUAGGCGCCAUUGAGGAUCGUGAUUGCACGGUAGUUUCCAUAUCCAGCUUGUCAUCUUUAUUGUAGAUGGGGCCGAUCACACCAUCAUUCCACUCCUCCGGACAUUUUUUUUCCACUACGUAUGGGCAUGUUCUUGGAAGUGGAUAGGUCUUAGGCUGUGGCUGCAGGCUGUGCUGAUAACGCGAAUUUAUGAGCUGUAGGAAAGUGUGGCUGCAGCUCAGCUAAUUUGGAACGUGCUGAUUUAGAAUGAAGGAAAGACCAUUUACUUUACGCUUUAUGGUAGGCCAGAUCUCGUAGAGCACAUAACAAAUAUGCGCCUACUGGUGCGAUCCGGUAGUACCACGUCACU